AUGACCUCUAAUGGGAAACAACGAAAACAUGAUGAAAACUCAGACAAUGUGCUGGUGAGAGAUCAAUUGAAUUCGUUAGAAAAUACAUUAAGAACUGCUACAAAUCUUCAGCAACUUUCUAAAUUGUUGAACGAUAUUGCUCAAGAGAAGGCUGCAAUUGACGAAGAUCUCGAAAAGAUUGAAUCAAAAAGUGUGAUGCAUCAUCAAUCUGCUGUUAGAUCGGCAGAGCUAGCACGAGUUGACCUUUCUUCUACAUUAAAUCAAUCAAGGAGCUUGAAAUCAAUAAUGGAAAAUGCCAAUUCUUUGAGCUACAAAAUUACAGAACGUGUUCGUGUUUUGGAUAGCGCCAAGUCGCAAUUGAAAACUGUGAAGGAUUAUAUUGAUAAUGUGAAGGCUUUGAAGUCUGAAUUAUCAAGAGCAAGUGAUGCAAUUGAGAGAAAGGAUUGGCUCAUUGCGUCAAGGUCGAUUUCGGUGAUGCUUCAAUUACCUGAGGGAUUGAUUGAUGAUCCAUACGUAGAGUUUAAAGUACCUACAAGCCAGCUAGAAGAUUUGCCAUCAGAUAUACUACAGAGAUGGAUCAAUGAAUUGGAGCAUAUUUUUAUCAACGAAUUCAAUUGUGCUGCGUCUAAUAGGGAUGUCGAUAAACUAACAUAUUUUUUCCAGCUUUUUCCUCUUAUUGGAAGAGCAAAAGUUGGGCUCAAGUGUUAUUCAAAAUUCAUUUGUGGUAUUAUCAGUGAACAAUCUAGAACUAUUAUUAGAAACGUCCAUAAUCAACAACCCAAACCUGAGCUUUACUCGCAAUUGCUAUUCCGAUUAUACCAAACUAUCUCAGGAAUACUAGUGCAACAUUCCAAGGUUAUUAAAUCUUACUAUGGGAAAAAUGUUGUUAAUUCCAUUUUGAAAGAUAUACAAAUCGAAUGCGAUCUACAAAGUAAUCUUAUUAUUGAAACAUACUGCGAUUCGAAACAACUCGAUAGAUUAUUGAGUGAUGUAAGAAACUAUGAUUAUCCUAUUUUAAUCAAAGAAAUAUACAAAAAUGCUGCUGAAAGUGAAAGUGAUCAAGAAGAUAUGGAUGUUGAAGACAGUGAAUCGGUUGAGCUGAUAGAAAUAUCACAAGUUACCGAUGAACUUUCUACCAUGAUGAACCAUUGGUCUAUGUAUUCCAAAUUUUUUGUUGUGCUCUGGAAUGAGUUUUUAGAUACUGACAAGGAUAAGGUUGUUUAUCCAACACCCCUGAUCCUUUCAUCAUUUGGCAUACGGAUUCAUAAUGAUAUUGUCAAUCAAUUUGAUACGGCAUGUACAUAUAUUAUCAGAAGAACAUUAGAGAAGGCAUGCAAACUUGAGACGAUUUCCAGCUUUAUUCCUCACCUUUCGAACUGUUUGAAAUUUUUGACCUUAGUUUAUAAAAAGGUCGAACACUCAUCAUCUCAUGACCUAUAUGCUCUCAUACCUGAGGAGCCACCCAUUUCCUCUCUUGCUGAUGACAUUAUUGUUGUACUAAAUACCAUAAUGAUGGAAGUCUUGGCUACGGGCGAGUUAUCUUCUGUUAAAAAUAUGAUUUCCAACAUAAAAAGGGUUCUGCUGAAUGAUUUUAUGAAUAUUAUCCAACAGCGACUUGGUUCUGUGAACCUCAAAUCUAAUUCAAGCUUAUUGAGCAAAGAGACUUUACAAAAAAUACACCAACAGCAAAAUCCGCUUGCGGAAAAGUUGUUUUCCGAUUCAGUUGCCAGUAGCCCUAGAUCUAGAAGUGGUACCCCAGUGGCGGGUGGUUCACUGAAUGUUUCCGCUUCCGAUAUUGCCAAUACUGGUGCUAUGUUCAUGAGGUCCCUCAAUGCAGCUAUUUCUUAUACCAUGACAGGGGAGGAUGAUGUUCAGUCUUAUCUUAUUGGUGACGAUACAGAUAUAAAGAAGGUCGUCGUCUAUCUCAAUACAAUUGAAGUUUUAUCGGACUACUUGAAAAAGAUGGUGGAGUCAUGCAUGGGAAAUUUCCAAGGACGUUCUCUGUUGAUAGUCGAAGAUCAAGAGUUACAAUCGGUCAGAAAGUCACUAGAUCCGCAUACCAAUAAUUACGAUACUGAUUUCAAUAUAGAGGUACCGACAACUGAGAGCAUCAGUUUGAAGAUUGAAGGAAUUUUGCAAAGUAUCCCUACUGGUUUCAUCGAGCGCAAGGAUUCCAUAGUUAACAAGAACUUGAAAGUAAUGUUCGACAAGGUGAUUAAGGCUCGAAUUGUUAGGUUGUUAAACAAAGCGCUGAUGAAUAACUAUUAUAUGACAGUGGAAGAUGGUCAAUACUUCGUCGUCGAACUAGAUAAGGACAAUGCUAAUGAGGGUGAACAAGUAUACACAAACAAGCCAGCGAAUGAGGAGAAUUUAGUGAAUACUUUUAUUAAAAACUGGAACUCAAUCAUAAUUCCUUUUGUGACGACUCUAGCCAACCCAAUUUGUAGUAUUUUAAUUGAAAAAAUUGUUGAUUUAGCAUCUGAGUUGCUGGAAGCAAGAAUUUGGCAGCUCGAAAAGAAGGUCAACCACAUAGGUGCCUAUAAAUUAGAACAGGAUGUCAAUACUAUCAUAAGCGAGUUUUCAAAAUUCAAUUAUGGUUUACGGGCCAAAUUUGUCAAAGUUCAACAAAUUGUAAUGGUUGUUGCGACAAUUGAAGAAGAAGAGGUCAUUGCGUUGGACGAUCCUGAUUCAGGAAUUGAAUGGGCAUUGACUCCAAGUGAACGUCAACGUGCAAAAAGUAUCCGUGUUCCGUAA